AGCAGGAAUGACCCCAACUCUACCUACAAUGAAGAGAACCUGGCUCAGUGUGUUGUUGAUUUUUUUGUUGCUGGAACAGACACAACUUUUGGUACCCUGAUGUGGGCACUGCUCCUCUUGGCAAAUCAUUCCCACAUCCAAGAGAAAGUCCAGAAGGAGAUUGAAGAUGUGUUUGGCACCUCGGGGUCAAUUUCCUAUCAAGAUCACAAGAAGCUGCCCUACACCAAUGCUGUGCUUCAUGAAAUGCAGCGUAUAAAAUAUGUCUUGCUAUUUGGGGUUCCCAGGCAAAGUACAAAGGAUGUGAAGAUGAGGGGUUACCACAUCCCAAAGGGGACUUUUAUUAUCCCAGACCUGCGCUCUGUUCUUCUUGACCCUGAACAAUGGGAGACACCUGAAGAAUUCAACCCCAAUCACUUUUUAGACAAGGAUGGGAAGUUCAUCACCCGGGAAGAGUUUCUGCCAUUUGGAAUAGGUCAGCGUGUAUGUGUGGGAGAGCAGCUGGCAAGAAUUGAGACCUUC